CAGGCCCUUCCUGAGGAAUAGAGUCACACCAGGCCCUGCCUGUCCCUGGGGCCACCCUGAACUGCUAGGGAAAGCCAAGGAAACUCCUCCUGACUGGGCCUAAUCUCCACCUCCCAGUCAGGCCCAGGUGUGAAGCCACUCUGCCCCGGUACCCGUGUCAGGCAGACAUCCUCUCCCAGCCCUCUGUCCAGAGUCACUCGAGCCAAGUCACUUGACCAGACAGUGGCAUCUGUCUGGUCAAGAGGAACAGGGAGGGACAAAUGUAGCAACAAUAUGGACCCGGAGCAGACAGGGGCUCCUGCAAAGCCUCAUCUCGCUCCCCACAGUACAGAUGCCAAUCACCCCAGGAAGUGUCCCUCAGUUGGCAGGUCACAGGCCUUAAUUAGGACUGCCAGCAGGCACCUGCGGUCAGUGAGGGGUGCUGGAACUAUUUGGAACACCUGGAAGGCAGGACGGCAGGGUGCCACAGUGAGUGGGAGGGAGGGUGUAGGAUGAAGUUUGCACACCGUGACAACACUGUCAUCCAAGUCCAGAUUCUCAGCUCUCGGGUCAGAGGCAGAAUGGGGGCUGGAAGAGAAGGGCACACCACAGAGGAGCAGAGUCAUCGGAGGCCGGAGGAAGGGCCUGUGUGCUGCAGGCUGGUCGGGGGGCAUCUGCCUGGAAAGACAGGGACUCGCAGGUGACUUGAGUCCCUGGGAACUCAGAAAGCAGAAGGAAACAGUGCAGUGGCAGCCUCUGGCCCCGCACCAGCCUGCCUGGAUUCCAGUCCUGGUUUUGCUGCUUCCGCAGGAAGCUGUUCGAGCUCCGGUUUCCCAAUCCAUAAGGAUAAUGGCAGGUCCCACCGCACAGCACAGCCACAAGGAUCAGACGCGCUAACUCGGCACCGUCCAGUGCGGCAAUUGCUCCUUAUGUCUCCCACUGUGCUAGGACUGCCUCACACUGAAUGGCUUAAAGGACGGCAUUUGAAUCUCUCACAGUUCUGGGGGCCAGAAGUCCAAAGUCAAGGUGCCGGCAGGGUUACUUCCUUCUAAGGCCUGUGAGGAAGAACCUCAUCUCCCCUCUAGCUCCUGACAGCUUGGUGGCAAUCUGUGGCUCUCCUUGACUAGCAAAAGCAUCACCCCCAUCUCUGCUUUCACCUUCGCAUGGUGCAUCCAAAUGGCCCCCACUCCAACGUGACCUCUACCUACACCUGCAGUGACCCUAUUUCCGGGGCAAGGGCACAUUCUGAGUUCCAGGAGAACGUCCAGGACCUGCUGCCCGCCUUGCCUAAAGCCGAUGACUACUUCCUCCUGCGCUGGCUCCGAGCUCGGAACUUUGACCUACAGAAAUCCGAGAACAUGCUCCGGAAGCAUGUGGAGUUCCGGAAGCAGCAAGACCUGGACAACAUCCUCUCCUGGGAGCCACAGGAGGUGCUUCAGCUCUAUGACUCAGGAGGUCUAUGUGGCUACGACUAUGAAGGCUGCCCCGUGUGGUUCAACAUCAUCGGGACCCUUGACCCCAAAGGUCUCCUCCUGUCGGCCUCCAAGCAGCAGCUGAUUCGGAAUCGCAUCAAGGCCUGUGAGCUGCUUUUGCAUGAGUGUGAGCUGCAGAGUCAGAGGCUGGGAAGGAAGAUUGAGGUGGUGCUGAUGGUGUUUGACGUAGAGGGCCUGAGCCUGAAACACCUGUGGAAGCCAGCUGUGGAGGUCUACCAGCAGUUUUUUGCCAUACUGGAAGAAAAUUAUCCUGAGAUGCUGAAGACUUUAAUUAUCAUUCGAGCCUCCAAACUGUUCCCUGUGGCCUUCAACUUGGUCAAGUCAUUCAUGAGUGAGGAGACACGCAGUAAAAUAGUGAUUCUGGGAGACACCUGGAAGCAGGAGCUCACUAAGUUCAUCAGCCCUGACCAGCUGCCUAUGGAGUUUGGGGGGACCAUGACUGACCCUGAUGGCAACCCCAAGUGCUCAACCAAGAUCAAUUACGGAGGUGAGGUGCCCAGGAGCUACUACCUUCGCAACCAGGUGAGGGCACAGUAUGAGCACUCAGAGUCCGUGGGCCGUGGCUCCUCCCUGCAGGUGGAGAAUGAGAUCCUGUUCCCAGGCUGUGUGCUCAGGUGGCAGUUUGCAUCAGAUGGUGGGGAUAUCGGCUUUGGAGUUUUCCUGAAGACCAAGAUGGGGAAGCGGCAGAGGGCUGGGGAGAUGACAGAGGUGCUGCCCAGCCAGCGCUACAACGCCCACCUGGUGCCUGAGGACGGGAGCCUGACCUGUCUCAAGGCUGGCGUCUAUGUCCUGCGCUUUGAUAACACCUACAGCCUGAUGUACACCAAGAAGGUCAGCUACAGUGUGGAGGUGCUGCUCCCUGACAAGGCCUCUGAGGAGAAGUUGCAGAGCCUGAAGGCCACAGGACCCUCCCCAGUGCAAUGAAGACCCUGGCUGCCACCUCUUCAAGCCCUUUGCACCCCACUAGACCCCUGUCUUCCAAGCAGGGUAGGUGCUGAAGAUGGCCACAGAAAGCCACCUACUCUGUGUUACAACUCAGAAAAGGGACAACCAAUGCCUAGGCCACCCUAAGGCCUUAGAUGGGCACCUAAUCUCCUGUUUCCUGAGUAUGAACCAGCAUCCACUGAGGAAGGGUCCUGCAGGAAGAAGCUACCCUUGCAUCCCUCCUGACAAGACUCACCCAUUCUAGGACUUUCCCAUUGCUGGUGUCCCAGCUUGUGGGGGCAGGGAGGGUCUUUGCAUAGACCCCAGGCCCUGCAUGGAGCAGUUUCAGGCCUCCAGAGCCAAGAAGCCCUAUUUUCUGCAGGGUCAGCUGAAAGCGGCUGGGUGGGGAGAUGGGGCAGGGGUGAGGGUCUCAGUUCCACCAGGGUAUCCAGGUCCAUCCAAGCUGCUUGUUGUGUGUUUAGAGGGAAAAUCAGAAAUGGAGAAGUGGGACCUGGCAAGGGUAGCCAUCAGUGACAAAAGCCACACUCAACACAGUUGAGUGGGUAACGAUGCACUCUCCAGGGAAUUCCCAGGGACUUCCCCUCCACACCUGCUGUGAUCCUGCCAACAUGGCUCUUCCAGCAGGGGUCAGGAGCAGGGCAGACCUGGAGCCACAGUGCUGUCAUCCAGGGAGUGCAGCCGCCAACCCAGGGAGCCCAUCUGGGCUUUGAGGUGCUUCUUUAAGAACCAUCAAGGUUUUCCUCCAUCUUUAUAUCUUGCCAAGGGGACAGCAGAAGUUUGGCUGACAACACCCCUCAUGUACACCACCCAGCAGCUGGCCAGUGAUGGCCCAGAGGCUGGCCUCCGGGCGCCUGCAGUCAGCACUGCCACUUGCUCUGCUGGGCAGCUGCACCCAACAGAGCAGACCUUGCCUAGGAACAAGCUUGAGCUGGAUGUGACUAUGUGAGUUGACUCCAGGGGACAAUGAAGAGCCUGGGAGUCCAGCCUGCGCUGCCCUGAGAGCCUGGGAGCCCAGCCUGCGCUGCCCUGAGAGCCUCGGAGACCAGCCUGCGCUGCCCUGCCUCCUCCCCACCCUGCCCUCUGCCCCAGGCCAGUGGCCACCAGUAUCUCAGAAGACCUGAGCCCACAGCUCAAUAUCAUUGUUCCUGCUGUUUGCCUUUCUGGGUUAAUGUCCCAGAGGGCAAAAGAGUACCAUCCACCCAGGUGAUGUCCCUGAGAGAGGCCAGUCAGAUGUUCCUGUAAAAGGUGUCCUUGUUGCAAAGUGUUGGCUUCCUGAAUGCGCAGGCCCCUCCCAGGGACCAGAAGCCUCAGCAAACACCACCUGCCCAGGUGCUUUACAAGCAAGAAGCCAGGCUCUGGACCCUCCCUGCUUUCAGAUUCUGUGAUCUCACUUUCUCCAGUUAAGGAGAACUUUCUCAAUUACCCAGAACCUAUUUUGGGUGAGAAAAUACUGAGAAGGUGGGGGUCUUCAUGUGAGCACUGUGGGGGUCUUGGGGUCCCUCAGCCCCCUGCUGCUGGGGCAGCUGCCCGGUUCCUGGGUGCACAAAGUUUGAACAGCAGCCCUGCUGCUCUAAAAAGCUAAACUAAACUAAACUACAUGCCUAAAGCCAGAGCCAUGAUACAUUCCUGGUCCAAUAGGGUGUCUGAUCAGAUUGGCAAAAACAAACAAAGGCUGUCCUGGGCUGUCAGGCAGGAGUCAUAGGACAUCCCUAAAACCAAUGGCUGCCCUUGCCUCUGAGAUGUGACAGGCAUUCUCACCACCCUGCUAUGCUCUGCAGCCGUCUUCCUUUCUGCUGGCCUCGUUGCAGGGAUAUCUGGAGUCCCCUGGGCACUUGGGUUUCCACAACUGUAGCCACUGGGGCUGAGCUUGUUAGUGAAAUCACAUGCUGGAUUCCACCUGUUGUCAUGAUGUAGGCUCACAACGCCUCGGGUCAGCCUUCACACCCUGCAUCGAAAAAUGAGGGGCACUCCCCACAGCUAACUCCCACCAUAGGCACAGCCUCGGGUUUCCUAGCAGGUAGCAAAGAUUGCUCUGCCCCCGGCACAAGGGUUUCCUGAGGCUCUGAUCACAGAAUAUACAAAGCCACGGGCUGUCUGGAGCUGGCAAGUAACAAGGGGGUCAGGGGCAGGCCCCAGCAGGGAUUGAGUCCAGGGCUGGCAGAGCCACCUCACUGCCUAGAGGUUACUCAGUGAGUGUGGCAGUCACCUGUGGAGGGAUGGGGGACAUUGGCAGCUCUGCCAAGAACCUCUCCUUAGCAAUCCAUCCCUAACUCAUAACACUGUCACUUUAAAAAAAAAAAAAGAAAGAAAGAAAA